GUCGGCAUUGGACUUACCUGACCUUGUAACCCUAUCGCGGCAUUCCUGAGAGCUGUGUGUCAAUCAAGGGCCGGUGGCCACCCAAUCAUGUCACUGGUGGCUGACAUGGUCCAAAAAGCGUUAAGCGUGCGGGAAUGCCCGCAGUGCUGCAUCUUCCACAUAAGUUCCGACGCCGCCAAGACUGUAUCAUCAGGGCCCGUACAUAACCGUUCAAUGACCGGACAGUCUUGGCUGAUGAGCCUCCUAGUCGUUGCCUCAGCACAAACAGUAGUGUACUAUAGUAUGCGGUUGAUGCAGUUCGGUUGCUCACAUUCCCCGACAGCUCAGGAUAUACCGUUGGUUGGAACUGGCAGCAGAAUGUUGGUUGUCCCUUUGUCGCUCACACUCAUGCUGCUCUUCGAGGUUGAUGAAAUGAUGAUUUUGCCAUUGAUGAUUAUCGUUUUAACUGUCCUUUCCUUCUAUCCUAAUGCUGAUGAUAUUGCCCUUCCAUAUGCCUGCCAUUUCCUCCUGAAUUUCAUAGAAGCCUCAUCUAGGGUCUCACACUCAUCCAUGCCUGCUUGGAAUUCCAUGUACCAUGACGCUGAAAUGGCAUAUUCCUCGAACUCCUAUCCAGCCAACUCGUCAUAAAACAAAAUGGCCCUGCUGAACCUAAACCAAACGUUAUACCGAGCAAGUGAUCCCCUCACGCGCCCUCACACUCUCCUCCAUAGGCACCCCGUUCCAAUCCGCCCACCUCCUCGCAAUCACCUGCGGCACCGGCCUCGUACCCACGAUCUCGAUAUCCACCCCGGACUUCCACGCCGACCCGCGCAGCCCCUCAAACACGGCGAGCAGCUCCCCGGCCCACAUCGUUUUCCGCACGGCGAGCCGCGCCCACCACGCCACCACGGGGUUCACCGACGUCAGCCUCUCCACGCGCC